AUGAAACCCGUGGCCACAACCUCCCAACAACCCCCACCACCCUACGCCAUGAACUCCCUCCCCCCCAACCCCGGCAGCUCCGACCUCACCUCCCGCCUCUCCCUCGACACCAGCAAACUGCGCGACACCCCCCCGCAGCCAUCCCAACAGCAGCAGCAGCAGCAACAACAACAGCCAGACCCCACCGACUCCCUCAGCCUCCAGCAGCUCCGCCGCGUCGUCGUCGACGCCGGCAAGUUCAAGCAGCCCGACUACACCUUCGUCUACGACACGUCCGACAGCCUGCCCGCCGAGCUCUCCGAGUGGUUCUCGUACAGCGCCGACACGACCGCGCUGGUCCUCUCCUCGCGCGACACCUUCGAGCGCACGUACGCCACGCUCUCGCAGCCGCCGCACCAGAGCGCCCCCCCCAAGACGCCGCCGAAAUGGAACACCAGCAAGGACGUCAAGCGCCGGCGGUUCAUUGCGCGGUGUGCAGACCUGCUGGAGAGCGCGGACGCGGAGCAGCGGCUCGUGGGACUGGAGGGGCUGUUCUAUGUGGUCCAGGGCUGCUUCGGAGAGAUCCGUGGCGGGGAAGAGGAGCAGCUGUGGCGGAUCAAGAAGAAUGUAACGCUCGUGAGGGCGGCGGGCGUCGUCGAGAGGGUGUUUAAUUGCGUCCGCGGGAGUGUCGGCCGGGAGUGGGGGUUUGUGGAGAAGGUUGUUGCGACGGGGAAGCUCGACGAGGCGGAGCUGGCGGCGAGGGAGCAGGCCGGGAAGGAGCUCAGGGUGGCCCUGAGCGUGCUGUACUUCCUCAUAGAGGUUACAAGGCGGCGUGACACGGCGCCGGGCGUGCAUCCCGGCGAAGACGCCGAGCAGGAGAGUCUCCGCAGCGAAUGCACCGACCUGCCCGUCCCCGGGAGCCUCCUCGGCUUCCUCGCAGUGACGCUCUCCCGCCUCCGCUGGACCGACGACGACACCACCACCUUCCCGCUGCACGCGCUGCUCAGCCUCACCUGGAAGACCCUCCUCCUCACCUUCGGCUCGUCCGAGCACCACCUCCCGGCCGUCAAGCGCUUCGCCCGCGUCGCCGCAGGCCUCUCCCCCGAAAUCGACAAGAAGGAGAUCACCGCUUCCCCGCUCGACUACCAGAGCUUCCGCAACGACAUCAUCGCAAAAUACCCCGUCUACGACCCCCCGCGCUGCGCAUUCCCCUUCGACCUGUCAUCGAGCUCCGCGUCAUUCCUGCCUACUGUCGCCGCCACGCCGCCGCGCUCCGAGCCGACGGGUGUGGAUGCGCUGGCCACCGCAGGUUCGAUCCUGGAGAAGGCGGUGCACAUUGCGACGCCUGCGCCGUCGCCGCCGCCGUCCCCGGGAGGCGGAAAGGGCGGGAAGAAGCAGAACUACCAGACGAACAAUAAUUUCCCGUUCCUGUACCCUGCGGGCGAUGGCGACGGGGGCACGGGCGGCUGCUGGUGGAAGGAGGAGUGCGAGCUGGGCGUGCCGGCGAGUAUCAAGGAGGCCGGGGAGCUGUUUGCGGGCCGCGUGAGGAGCACGCUGGCAAUGCGGCAGCUGUGGAAUGAGAAGGAGGCGUAUGAGCGGUAUGAGAGGGGCUGGGAUGUGGAUCUGGAUGAGAAGAAGGGGGUGAAGGUGGAUGAGGAGGAGGGAGGGAGGGAGAAGAGGUGGGAGGAGAAGAGGUUGGAUGCGGUGGAGGAGCUGUUUAAAGUAGCAUUGCCGCAGCUGCAGUCACUAGUGAUUGUGAUGCUGAAAGUCAUAUUGGCCUCCGUCACCGCCCCGCCACUUCAGGCUCCGCCUCCGUCGCUGCCGCCUCAGGGCCAACAGAUAUCGUUCGCGGACCAGGAGAACGGAAGAGAUGAAAAAAUGGACUUUGGCGCCAGCAUCAAGGGCUCCUGGAACAUCUUUGGCCGCAACACGCAGGAGCAAAACAAGUUCUCGAGCACCAACCCCAACGCCAAACCCGCCGGCGAGGACGGCCAGCCAGACCUCAACGCCAACCACAAGCUGUGGGAGGAGGAGAAGGAGGCCGAGGAGAAGCGGCGCGACGCGCAGCGCAUGCGCGAGAUCACGAGCAAGGCUGUUAGUGCCAUCCUGCUGGGGCUGCUGAAAUGGUUUCGAGUCUCCCAUGUGCUGAAGUUCGAGUACCUAACGCAGCUGCUGCUGGACUCCAACUACCUCCCCCUCGUGCUCAAGCUCUUCAACCAGCACGACACCGUCGUCAUGGUCACCACACGCACCGACCGCCCCGAAAAGUCCUACUGGACGCUCUGCAACCUGCACUCCACCUCCCCCACGCCCCCGCCCGCCACCCACCCACCCACCCUGCGCACCCCCGACUCCUCCCCGGACUCCGCCUGCCCCCCACCCAUCCCCAAAUUCCCGCACUCGCCGCUGCCCCCGCCGCCCACCACCGCGCCCGACCCCACGAACCUCUUCGCCUGGCGGCCCUUCUUCACCUCCAUCACGCUCCUGCGCACGCUGCAGAAAACCGUCAAGCACAAGUCGCACCGCAACCUCUCCCUCGUGCAGUACAAGUCCUCCGCCAUCCUGCGCAAGCCGCUCAAGUGCGCGCAUCCGCUGCUGCGCCUGUACACGCUCAAGCUGUUCAAGGGCCAGGUGCCCUACUGCGGGCGCAAGUGGCGGCAGAGCAAUAUGCGCGUCAUCACCAACAUCUAUUUGCACUGCCGGCCGGAGCUGCGGGAUGACUGGCUGGCGGGCGGGGAUGUGGAUGGCGAGGUCGAGGAGAGUAUGCCGGUGGAGAUGGCGGUGCGCGCGCUGGCGAGGUUUUAUUGCGUGAGGCGGUAUCCGAGGGAGAUGGGGGUUGGGGCUGGCGCGGGGGGCGGGGAGGUGGGUGGGGGGUGGGGGGAGAGGGACUUUUUUGGGAGGGAGGUGGGGGUGGGGGAGUGGGAGGAGGAGGAGGAGGGGUGGGCUUAG